AUGCGGAUGGCUGCCUCCUACGAGCCGACGUGCGGCCAGUCACGAACUUCAGUUGUAAUUGAGGCCUUGAUGUUGUGUUUCAAAAAGUGUCAAUCGGACAUGCGGAAGGUUUGCCAAAGAGCCUAUUCUCAGACAAGAUUUGGCCGUUUAUCAAAGCUGCCUCAUCACUUAGUCCAGAACUUGAAAGAUCUUGAAGAUAAUCCAUCAGGUCAACUUCUGAGAUGCCCAGAUGCCAUCUCCUCAGGCAAUGGAAAUGAAACAGAUAUUAAGAAGUGGAAAUGCCAUGGGUGUGCACGGCCAUAUGUGACAAUGAGACGUCUGUGGAAGCAUUACCAAUUGCAUCCAUCCCAUGGGAAACUGGAAGAUCAUGGUGUAGAUCCUCAGGCUUUUUCUUCCCAUGAAGCAUUUGUGAAGAACAAACAUGCACCAUCAUGUGUUCAACCAGAUCCUGACAAGAAUAGAGGGAAGGAGAAAGAGGAUGAUUGCAGUAUAUCCUCAGCUGGAAAGAAGAGGAAGAUAAGUUGUGAAAAUGCUCCUGGUGAAGGUUCUGAAAAUGAUCUCAUGUCUUUCCUAAAAAGCUGUGAUGCAGUUGUAUUGGAGGAAAGAGUAAUACCAUGUCUACUGAGUCGGUUGAACCUUGGCCUUUGGUUCAUCUACUCUACUAAGGGAAAGGAUCCAUUAAGAGGCCUGUGGGAUGCACUCCAAGACCUGAUCAUCCUUGUUCAGGCCAUUCGAAAUGCAGUAGAACUCUCCUUUGCUCUCUGUGAAGGCAAUGAUCAGUUUUCUCCUGAGAAAACUCUCAAGGUGGAAAGUGAAGUCCUGUCAGAUAUCUUGCUGAUGCCAAAGGGGACAUAUAGACCAGUAUGUGAAAUGAAUGAGGUGAUUGACUUGGUUCGCGAACACCUGAAACUCCCUGGUACAAAUGGAGACAUUACUUCAUAUACCUCGUUUGGUCCUGGUGAUCAGGAUACAACAAACCUGAAAGCAUCACUCUGUGACCAGAAGAAAGAUGAAGUUUCUGACACUUCAUUGCUCAAAGCCAAUAAUUCAUUGCCAGUAAAUCUCCAGCCAGUAAAUCAUUCUCCAUCCUCUCAUCAGGAUAAUGGUGAGCAGGUACAUGUUAGUGAAGCCAAAGUCUGUUGGUCUCCAGCUGCUAGUGUGCUACACAGUGAGCAUGAUGAGGCACAGUGUUAUGGGUCUGGGAGGCCUGGGAGUGGUGACCCUCUCCUCCUUCCUUCAUCUGAAUCAUAUCUCUCACCUUCAUCAAGGCCCUCGACCCACCUUCAGUCUUCUGGUCCUCUGGUCUCUUUGGAUUCUGGUCCUGGUUCAAGGAAGGCUCAGGGAAAUUGUUCAGCAUUCUCUGAAAAGGGGAUCCAGGUUGGGAGCAACAAUCAUGGACUUGGCUCACUCUUGACUUUGACAGAAGUGGAGAACAUCUUGCAGGAUUCAGAAAAAGAACCUGCUCUUGAUUCAGAAAUUGAGGCAGUCACCAAUGCUUAUGUUGAAGGGCGAUUGCCUUGUGAAUCAUAUCAAAGUGAAUGCAGCAAUUCAUCCAUUGUGGACUUUGAGCAGUUAAUUCGUGAUAUGGACAUCCCUCAGGACAUGUGCAGUACGGGUACAAGUACAUCAGAUGACAAAGGAACAUGUGAUGGUCUCAGAACUCCAGAUCUUCAUCUCUCUUUCUCAGAAGACACUCUAAAUCAGAUAUUUGAUGAUAAUUCCUCCUCUGCCUCAUUCACCAAACUACUAGAAGGCAAGGAUGCAAAAAAGUACCUCCCUAUGGCACACUGGUUUCACAGGAAUCCAUUCAAAGCUACUGCUCCAGUAGAGUUUCAUCUACCUCUCUUUGCUGCAGAACCACAGGCUGUGAAGCUGUGCAGUGAGCUACGAGAUGGAAGGAAUCGGCUCUUGAAGUUGCUGCCUGAUACAGACCAUGCUCCUUCUACAAUAGAAGAUGCCCUCUGGUCUUACAUUUCUCUUUUACAAGGCUUCCUAGAAAAUGAUCCUGAUGGAGGUGAGGGGAACAAGAAACUCCGACAUGAAGUGAAGAAUCGGGGAAAGGAGUGCAAUGCACCGGAGCCAAAGGGAGAUAUGGAUGGGAUCCCACAAAAGACACGAAAAAUUUUGAAGGAGUCAAGUGAUGAGAGUGAUAGUGAAAGAGCAGAGCGAGAACUGGAAGAUGACUUCAGUGAUCCACUUAUAUGGUGGAAUACGAAGGGAAGGAAGUUCCCAAAACUCUGCCACCUAGCUAGGAAGACCUUCUGCAUCCUGGCCACGACGAUUCCCUGUGUGCACCUGGUCUCAUCCGCUGGUCUUGCAACACUUUCUGACGAAGCCCUGCGGAACGCGUUCAACGUGAAGCCGAACGCCAACCACUCGUGA